AUGUCGCAACAGACGCACCAGUGUCAGUUCGAUGAGACGUGCUCGACAGGGUCGAGUCACUACCGAAAGGUCAUCUCCCAUAUCUUUGGGAGAAACAAGAAGUGUACCGUCAAUAUCCCAGACUCGGUCUGGAUAUACCACUGCCGCAAGCACUACCAGCGCGCCCGGUACCGCAAUGACGAAUGGCCUUUCACGCAGUGCCGCCUUGCCAUCGACACGAUCAGCAACAUGCGUGCCUGGGGAGGGGUCGAGAGCUUCGACCUGACCUUACGCCGCCGCGAAGAGCAGCGAGGUCCCGGAGAACCUCAAGGAGACGAGCCGGACCGCCAGCAGGACAGCAACUCCUCGUCGACUCCAACGGCGGCCUCUGCUGGUCCUCAGGAAGGGUUGCAGGCGGCUUCGGCUACCUCCCCUUCCCCCAGCAGACCCGCCGCCCCUGGCUUCGCGGCAAUCAACCACCACCAGCCCUCGAACUUAGGGGGUCUAGCGAAGCCAGGCAACGACAACGACGACGACGAGGAGACAGGCAGCGAAGUCAAAGCCGACAACGCACCUGCAACUGCUGGCGAUGGUCCGGAGGCAUCCACCUCGACAACAACCACUGCCACCGCCGCUGCCACCGCCGCUUCUGCACCUACAAAGAAGCGGUCGCCGAAGAGCAUCCCACGCCCGGUCCCAGACUGGCUGUACGGGUGCGUAGGAACAAAAAAGUCGUUCGACGAGAUCCUAACGGUCCUAGAAGAUCUACGCAAGUAUUUCUUCGGACUGACUUCCAAGGGCAAUCCGGCAUUCUUCCCCGAUAUCGAGAUACUACCGAACCUGCGCCGCCAAUCACCCACCAAGCCACAGCAGCAGGCUGCAAAGAAAGGUGCAGGGUCUCGGGUCUCGAGUCGGGGAGCAGUCACAAAGGUGGAGAGAAAGUGA